UCCAGGUUGGCCGCAGAACUCCCCCGGCUGUCGUACCGUGCCCACCUCGCCAUGCUGGCCUGUCUGCAGAGGAGGCAGAACCCUCCACCACAGCACCCGGUGUGUGCCAGCAAGAGCCUGGAGCCACCGCAAGCCCUGGGACGCAAAUGUGAUCUGGUGGUGCCUACACAUUCCCCUCGUUACCCAACGGCGGCAGAACUUGAUGCCUACGCUCAGAAGACAGCCAACAGUCCUCUGUCCAUCAAGAUCUUCCCAACCAACAUCAGGGUUCCCCAGCACAAGCACCUUAACAGGACUGUAAACGGAUAUGACACCACUGGCCAGCGCUACAGCCCCUAUCCACACUUCCAUACUGGGGGCUACCAUGGCCUGCUUGCCAUUGUCAAAUCCUCUUCUUCCCCCUCAUCAUCAUCCACCUUCGUCUCAUCGAAAGGUGUUCUCAAGAACUCCGAAGGCAGACGGACUAAGCUCUCUCCGGCCCACAUAGCCGUCGCCCCUUAUCCUCCAAGUAGUAGCACUUUAGUCACUGGCCCCAGCCAGAUGGGAUAUCAAACUGGGCCCACCAAGCCACCAGAGGGUCCUGGAUUGUCAGUGCCCCCUAAUGUCACUGUAGCUGGCUCAGUGAUUCCUGUAACAGGGGGACGCGGCCUAGCUCUCCCCGCACAGUCCAACCUCCCCUCCAUCCAGAGCAUCAUAUACCAGAUCAACCAGCAUUGCCAAGCCCAGGCUCUGCAGCAGGUGUGUCAAGGGGCGCCUCCCUCCAAUUCCAGUCCCUCCAAGCAGGGCACCACUGUCAUGGGGGUCUCCUCUAGCUCCUCAGGUGGAGGCUACGUGGUAGGAAUUGGUCCACAGGCCAACAUGGUGUACACGGGUUCAGGGCUGCCGGCUCAAAACUGUGAGGCGGUGAAGACCGGGGUUUACGCAGACGGUAUGGACUACAUCCUCUGGCAGAAGCAGCAGCAGCAGCAACAGCAGCAACAACAACAGGCCGUGCUACGAAUGUACAGCGGGGGCAGCGGAGGCGGAGGUGCUAUCAGCAAGUCCCCAGAAAGUUGCAUUCCGGUCAGCGGGAUCAUGGCGGGGCAGGUUUCGUCGUCCUCGUCCAGACCUUACCAGCUGACGGCGAGUGCUAGCGGUGGAGGCGGGCUGGACAAAGUGAGCUCUUCCCCAUUGAACUGCAUGGGCAUGCAUGGGAAUUUCUCAGUGGGUCAAUACUUUGCACCCCCUUGGAACAGUGUCCUGGUGACACCUGAUAGUGACUGCUACAACCCCCAGGAGCUUCUGGUGUCCUCAACAGGCGGGUCGGUCACGGGCCACAGAGAUGUGGGCUUCCCGCACCAUCCUUAUCACCACCACCACCACCAUCAUCACCACCACCCCGGCAUCGACAGCAGCGGCCGUCUUUGUUGCAGCCUGCCCAGCAAGAGUUUGUGCAACACGUCCGUGUUGAGCAGCAGCUUGCAGUCUCUGGAAUACCUGAUCAACGACAUCCACCCACCCUGCAUAAAGGAGCAGAUGCUGGGCAAAGGCUACGAAACUGUGUCGGUGCCACGUCUGUUGGACCACCAGCACGCACACAUCCGCCUCCCCGUUUACAGAUAG